AUGCGACAACCAACCAUGCCCAUCCGCUCACCCUUUGAGUCGUCGAUCGCAAAGCCGGGCCAAGGCACGGUGGUCCUCUCUCUUCUGCCUCCCAAUACUCCCACACUCACCACGCUCACAUACAAAUACCCAUUGAAGCUGGUCCCCCGAUCGUCCAGCUUCGUGCCCAGCUCGUCCGACUCGGUGCGGCCAGAGUCCAGCCCGUCCAGGCCGGUCCAUCUCUACCUGUUGACCUACGGCGGCGGCCUCCUACCGGGGGACCAUAUCGAGGUGUCCAUUCAGUUGGAGGCCCGAACCCGCAUGGUGGUGACCACUCCGCAAGGGAGCACCAAAAUCUUCAAGACGGAGCCCAGCAACGCCAAUGGAAUCAAGUUGAUCAAGGGUCAUCGGGAGCACAUGCCUUCGCACCAACACCUCGCUGACAUGAGUAAGCAAUCGCUCGAUGUCCGCAUCGGGCGGCGCGCAGCGCUGUGCUACUUGCCCGACCCGUCCGUGCCAUUCAAAAACAGCCGCUAUGCGCAAGUGCAGACCUUCACUGUGGACGCUUCGGCCAGAGGCGACGAGCGCGGCAGCUUGUGUGUGUUGGACUGGGUCACGCAGGGCCGCACCUCCCGGGGCGAGAAUUGGGACUUUCGCUUCUGGCGCGGGCGCAAUGAAGUGUGGGCCCACGAUGAGAAGACGGGCAAAAACCGACUCUUGUUACGAGACUCGGUCAUCCUGGACGACGAGACCGACAAUCGUGCCCCCCCGGAGGAGAAUCUCUCGGCAGAAGAAAGCGGCGCCGGAACGGAGAACCACGCUGCACCCACGGGACCUCCACCAUCACAGGCGGGUCUGACGUCCUUAAACCUGAUCAAGGAGCGAACGCGUCCGCACGGCGUGGUUGGCACGCUGAUUCUGUCGGGUCCGGUAUUCGACAGUCUUGGCGCGUUCCUGAUGCACCAAUUCAACUCCCAGCCUCGGAUCGGAGGCCAAAAUUGGUCGGCAUCCUCAUCUGAUCCCGACCCCUCAACGCUCUGCACCAAAGGCGAUGUGACAUGGACGGCAGCCCGUGUACGGGCCGGGUUUGUCCUCGUCAAAUUUGGUGCCAAGGACUUUGAGACGGCCAAAGACUGGCUCGGAGGUCUCCUUCGUGAAGAAGGUAGCAUUGUCCGGGAAUUCGGCGAGGAAGCGCUCUUCUGCCUGUGA